AUGGCGUGAUCGUAAUGCACAGGCUGUUGUCGCGCGCUGCACAGGUCAGAAGCAGAAGCAGCAAAAGAAGCAGAAGCUCUUGUCAUUGUGCGCCAUGUCUGCCAACACUGCCCGGAACGGUGGCUCGCGGCCACGGGGCUGGUGUGCUGCGACCACCAUACCGGACCAGGUCGACGCCGCGGUUCACGAGCAUCUUCGCCACCGCCGCCACCACCGCUACCACCUAUGAUGCACGUAUCAGAGGGCAGAGACGACAGCAAUGGAACCAGGCCAUGGAUGGGGUCAAGCAAGAGCUGGGACGGGGCGACGCCGCAGCAGAUGGUGAUGAUAAUGCUACUCCCGUUGAAAUAUACGAUGAUUUCAAUGCCGACGUGGAACGGAAUCUGGACAGCAGCCUCUAUCGGCUCUUUCGCCCCGCGUGGCCAUCAAACACUGGACCUGCGCUCAAUAGAUACCAUCUGCCUCCGCAGUCGAUAUAUGCCCGGGACUUGUCGAAAAUGAAGGCCGAAACCACGCGCUGGACUCAGAAGAAGAUUUUGAGAGUAGAGCUGUGCAUGGACAUUCUGCAGCUGCAGUGCUUUCAAUGGCUUCAUUCCAUCGGAUUCCUCGGCAAUGAAUCUGCCUUGUCCUCGUUGCCACCCUCGUACGUCAAUACCAUCGUACAGCACCCUGCACACGUUUGCAAACGCUCGUUGCUGCAAAAAAAGGCCGACUAUAUUCACUUGAUGCGAACUCCAUCGGACGAGUCCGGGGGGAUUGCCUUUCAGAGAUCUCCGGAGGAUGUACCGAUAUGCAAGUACACUCAAGAUGAGUUGGGCGCAUUCCGAUCUGAACAGCUUGAGCUUCGACGAAGGCUUGAGCAGCUGUUCGCCGCCAAAUACCAGGCCGAUCAGGAACCGCAGCUGAUCUGUAACGCAUUUCAUCUACUGGCAGCCUCAUCCGCGCCUCCAAACGUGGACAUUUACAAUACUCUCAUGAACGGUUUACGCAAGAGGGGCCAUGUCUUUCUUACCACGGCUACCAUUCAAACCUUCUUCGGCAGUAAAAUGCGCGCUAAUGAAGUCAGCCUCGCAGUCAUGCUCGGCUUCUACACGGAUACGAACAACGCUGAACAGUUUCGCAUGUUGAUCCAAAAGAUGCGCGGACAGUCCGGCGGCUUGAUGAAGUCCAAACCCGGAAACUGGCGAUUCAAAGCGAGCAAGGGCAGGAUUAUACCUGAUCCGCGGAACCCAAGCAUUCUUAUACAGCUGCCUCAUCCAACGCCAAUGGUCUUUGAUGCCGUAGUCAAGGGUGUACUUCACUUCAGUGGUUUCGAUGCCGCGUUGGGCAUGUGUCGCAAUCUCCGCGACGAAGGCUGGGGUAUGGAUAUGCGAGGAUUUGGCAUCUUACUCAAUGACUGCGCCCGUCGUGGUGAUUGGAACGUUGGAUACCCGGUCUGGAACCAGAUUGUAAAGCUCAAGCAGAGAAGUGCCAGGCUCGUCGAUGGGCACUUGCAAACUGAGAUCAUCAUGACACCGAUUUUCGCGGAUAUGCUCCGCCUCUGUAGACGCUGCGAUAAAAAGCACGAGUUUGGAGAUGUCUGGGAUUUAGCAAAGAAGACGCAUCCGAUCACGAUCAAUCGCAUUAUGGAGAUGGUGAAGGCCGAACGAAGUGCGCGCACCGAUACUAGGCCCCCGGAGCUCGCUGAAUCUCUAACGCAAAGCGAGCCUCGCGGCGGCGAAAGCACACGUGCAGCAUUGGCCGCUGAAGAUAGUGCAGAGGCUCGUGUACAAGCGUUGCAGGCGCUCGCAGAACUCCGUGCGAAAGGGGCAAAUACCGUUGGCGAAUCCAAUCUACAGCAGGAGUAUCUAGCCUUGAAGGCUGAUGUGGAUUUUCUCAGGACAAUGGAGGGAGGAAACGGUGCCGAGCAGUCAAAGACCCGUUCUUGGGCCGAGCUUGCGAGGGAUGCCUACAAUCUCAUUGCCUCUCACCCGACCACUCUCGAAAGGCGCACCUUUGGCCAGAGCAAUGCGCAGUCCAGGCUUGCUGAUGACGUCGGGCGGCCUGUCACGUACUCUGAGCUCGCAAAGAACGCAUAUUAUCUGGUCGCCGAUCACCCAAGCACCAUGGAGAAACGUGGUGGGGACGAGUCAUCGAAGUUUAUCGAUAAUGUGGAUUUGGAUAUCUCCCAGGGAGAAAUCCCUGGCCUCGAAGCUGACUCCGAACAUGCCAAUUCACGGGGAGACAGCGCACGACCGCUAGUCAAGUCCGAUGAGGGCCCGACCACGCCUGUGACUUACACUUCCCUGGCGCAAAGCGCUUAUCGACUGAUUGCAGACCCCGCCACCUCACUGCAGCGGAGGGGGCAUCAGAAUCCAAAAUCAGGUCAUAUCCCUGACGGUGAUACUGAUGCUCAUUCCACGUCGAGCCUACACGGUCACGACGAUACGAGCACACCGGGGCCUGCGGAGUCUGCGUCGUUCAAUGAUGAUCAAGAGCCUCCCAGUGUCAGGAAGAGAGAGAGGGAUUGAUCAAAUGAUUUUCGGUCGUAGAAACGUUGUAGAUGAGACAGAUAGAGUGCGAAUGAUACCCCCCAGGAAUAGGCAAUGAGACAUCUACACUCACACAUGAGGUUUAUCCCAUCAUUCCUGCUCGGCGUGUCUU